AUGCAUGAAGAAUUUAGAUGUUAUAAAGAAUUUCACAUCAACACUAUUAUUCAUGGAUUUGGUUAUGACCAAAUUAAAGAUGACUACAAGAUCAUUCAAUAUGUUAAAGGGAGAGGUUAUUGGAAAGACAGACUGCCUUAUUCUUUACGGGAAAUAUAUAGUCUUAAAAAUAAAUCUUGGAAGAGACUUUACCUUGAUGAUAUGCCAACACGCAGAGGGAUGUGGGAUCCGCUAUCUUUCAUUAGUGUGUGUCAUUGGUGCAGGUAUACUAGGGAUGAAACAUAUGUGGUAUCAUUUUAUUUUAACACAGAAACACAUGUUACCACUCUCUUACCCAAAAAUAUGCAAGAUUUAGAUUGUUCGGAGAGAUACUUGAUAUUGUUAAAUGGACAUGUUGCUAUGAUCUCAAGCUAUGCUAUUGAGGUCCGCGUCUCAAUUGCAAUUUUGAUUGAACUCGGCGUCAAGGAAUCAUGGACUAAAUUAUUUGAUUUUAUACCUUCUUCAAACAUGUAUUAUCCUAUUGGAGCAAGUAAGAAUGGAGAUUUACUUUACAAACAUGAAGAUCAAUUUCUCAACAUUGAUCUUAACAAAGACAUAAAAGAUGUAUUGGGUGAGAAAGAAUCUCGUACUCAUAUGUUAGUCUAUAAAAAAGAUAUUCUUUAUUGA